AAUAAAUUGCAUACCCAAAAAAAAAGAAAAAUACUAAGAUGGCUAGGAUUCCUUACAAGCAUCCGCUUCUUCUUGUUACUUUUUUCCUCUUUUUCUUCGUCUCUACAACUGCUAGAGCACGAAAUAUUCCGGUGGCCAAGGAAACUCAGAAAGUCCAUGGUGCUCAGGUGCUUACAGCAAAAGAAGAUGGAGCACCCAACAUUAAUGUUGAUGAAUUAGUAACGAUGGACUACACUCCAGCAACAAGGAAGCCUCCAGUCCAUAACUGAUUACCAAAAUUUUGUAAAACAAGCACUAGUUAGAAUUUAGUCUUUUUUUUUUUUCCUUAAUCCUACUUUUAUAUUUGAGUGCCUACAUUUAUACAUAGUUGGAAGGAUAAAGCAAUGAAAGAAAUGAUUUACAAAUAUCAUCAGAAACAAGGAUUGGUAUAUAUGUUUAUAUCUAUGCACAUACUCUCUAGGGUUCAUGCAAUUUCUAGUAAAUAA